CCCUGCAGCCCUGCCGGCCAUGGUGAGGCGCAGGGCGCUGUGGAGCUGGUCCCUGCAGCUCGCCGCGCUACCGUCGGCGGCGGGCUGGUCAGGUGGGACGCCGCAGCCGUUCAGCAGCUCCUGUUGGAGAGCCGCGGAGCCGCCGCCGUGCAAGGGGUGGAGCGGCACCAUGGAGGAGGAGGAGGAGGAGGAGGAGGAGAAGAAGGGGGACGAGACUCCUCAGGGGCGGCAGCAGCAGCUAGGGAGUUCUUCUGAAAAAGAUAUGGAUAAGAACACAGAUGAAGAGCAGCCUUCAACUGCGUGUAACCAGUACCCUAAAGAAGCAGUCAAGAAACGUCAGAACUCGGGCCGUGGUUCCGGGGGCAGUGAUUCUUCCAAGACCUUCAGAAAAAGCUUCAGGCUGGACUACAGGUUAGAAGAGGAUGUAACUAAAUCAAAGAGAGGCAAAGAUGGGAGAUUUGCCAACCCAUGGCCAACGUGGAAAUCGCCAACCUUGCCAAAUGUUUUGAAAUGGUCCCUCAUGGAAAAAAAUAACAGCAAUGUGCCAGGCUCAGAGGAACUCGAUAAAGAGCUUCCAGUGUUGGAACCUUACUUUGUUCAAAAGCCAGAACUUGCUGGGAAGACAGGAGCUGGUAUGCGAGUCACAUGGCUGGGACAUGCCACAGUCAUGGUGGAAAUGGACGAACUUGUACUUCUUACUGACCCAAUCUUCAGCCAGCGAGCAUCCCCCAGUCAACUGAUGGGUCCCAAGCGCUUCCGAAGGCCUCCGUGCACAGUGGCGCAGCUCCCCAAAAUAGAUGCAGUGUUGAUCAGCCACACCCACUACGAUCACUUGGACUACAACACUGUGACGAGUCUGAACGAACGCUUUGGGAGCGAGCUGCGAUGGUUUGUGCCGCUGGGGCUCCUGCAGUGGAUGCAGAGAUGUGGCUGUGAGAAUGUCAUUGAACUGGACUGGUGGGAAGAGAACUGUGUCCCUGGGCAUGACGCCGUGACUUUUGUCUUCACCCCUUCGCAACAUUGGUGCAAAAGGACUGUGAGAGAUGAUAACAAGGUUCUCUGGGGCAGCUGGUCUGUCUUGGGUCCUUGGAAUAGGUUUUUCUUUGCAGGAGAUACUGGAUAUUGUUUAGCUUUUGAACAGAUAGGUAAAAGGUUUGGACCUUUCGAUCUGGCAGCCAUCCCCAUUGGAGCUUAUGAGCCAAGGUGGUUUAUGAAAUACCAGCAUGUGGAUCCUGAAGAAGCAGUAAGAAUCCAUAUUGAUGUUCAAGCAAAGAAGUCUGUAGCAAUUCAUUGGGGGACCUUUGCUUUAGCAAAUGAGUAUUACUUAGAUCCUCCGGUUAAACUGAAUGAAGCUCUUGAAAGAUACGGCUUGAAAAAAGAUGACUUCUUCCUCUUAAACCAUGGAGAAUCACGGGACCUGGGUACAAAUGACAUGUUUGAAAACUGAAACCGUAGCAGUUCCUUGUAAGCCCAGUUGGAUCUGAACUAGCAAUUAACAGUACAAAUACUAAUAUGAUGUAUUUACACAGUGCAUUUUUUAGAUUGAAUUGGAUUUCUAUGUGCCCGGUUUUAGAACUAAAACUUGCAUACCAAUUUCAUGGUAAGUUUUUCAGUCUCAGCACUAAGCUUGCAUACCAAUUUUGUGACAAAUUUUAUUAGUUACAUCGUUUAUAAAUUUUGAGAGGUCAUCUAAAACUGGUUAAUAUAAAAGGUGAUGUCUGGGAUUAACUUGCAGUUUCAACUCUGAUGUGUACCACUGAUAAAAAGUUUUAUUUUUACACUCUUCAUCUUACCUGCAACAGCAAUAAUAACCUCAGCACAGGACAUAUUCUUAGGAUAAAUGGCUGACUUGAAUUAAUCAUUGUUAGACUGUCAUCUCCCACUUGUUAGUCUUCAGGUUCUGCCCUGUACCUUGAUAGCUUCACUGUAUGUUUUGUGGAGUGGAGUCUUCCAUUACAGCUGUGUUGUUGAAGCACAAGCACAGUACAAUUGUUUUACUGAGUGCUUCUUCAUUUUCAUAUAUUGAUGAACCACAAAAACUGAAUUUUACAGUGAUCAAAGAAAUGUGCCUUUUAAAGAGAGAGAUAAUUUAAUAUUGCACCAUGGAUGUGUAAAAGUAACUGCUGGCCAGAGUUAUCUGCACACUUUCAUUGUUUUGUCGAUGUUUUAAGUUAGGUCGAAUGUGUCAAAUGAAGCGCAUGAAAUGGAACAAUCCCUUAAUGGCGCUUGUCUUUGCAUUGACUCAGCCUUUUUCUAAGUUGUUUUUUUUUUUCUUUUUAAGUGAAAAGUCUGAAGCAAGGGCUGUGGUAUUUUUUCUUAUAGCUUCCCUAUAAUUUUAAAGUUGAAUGAGAGAUUACAACAUUGUUCAGUAUUAUAAAACUUGGCUAAAUGUGUCUGUAUCAAAUUGCCAUGCUAAUUUACAGAAUUAAAGCCUAUUGUUGCCAAUAAAAAGGGUUGUUAUUCUCCUUCAUA